AUGGCUGACAACGCCAAUAAUGGCAACAAUGACCGUAGCAUGAGGGAUUAUUUUCUUCCUGACUUGACAGGGGCUAGAUCUUGUAUAAGACCACCUGCCAUCGAUGCCAACAAUUUUGAAAUCAAUCCAGCCAUACUGCGGAUGGUCCAAUCUUCAGUCCAGUUUGGGGGACUGCCAUCAGAAGACCCAAAUAUGCACCUCGCCAACUUCAAAGAGUUGUGUCAGACAUUCAAGGUGAAUGUAGUUAGCGAUGACGCCAUUAGAUUAAGGUUUUUCCCAUUCUCACUAAGGGAGCGAGCCAAAAGUUGGUUAGUUUCUUUACCAACUCACUCAAUCAACACUUGGGAGGAAUUGGCCCUGAAAUUCCUGUCCAAAUUCUUUCCUCCUGCGAAGAUUGCCAAGCUGAGAGCUGACAUCAACAACUUCACCCAACAUGAUGACGAAUCUCUUUACGAAGCCUGGGAGAGAUUCAAGGACUUAUUGAGGAAGUGCCCAAACCAUGAGAUUGAAAAGUGGUUACAAGUGCAUAACUUCUAUACUGGAUUACUGAACAACACCCGAACACUGAUAGAUGCUGCCGCUGGUGGAGCUUUCAUGAGGAAAAGUGCUAAUGAGGCCUUUGAAGUACUUCAAAAGAAGGCCAUAACUAAUCAACAUUGGUCAACAGAGAGAGACCCAACCAGAAAGGUUGAAGGUAUGCAAGAAGUUGAUGCAAUAACCAAGUUGACAGCCCAAGUGGAGGCAUUAACAAAGUUGGUGACUGCACAAGCCAAACAAGCUCAAGUUGUCUGCAAGUUGUGUGGAGGACCUCAUACUACUGACACCUGGCCUAUAGAUGUCGACAGUUUGCCAAUGGAGCAAGCCCACGCCAUUGGAAACUAUCAGAAUAAUUAUGGUCGUCAGCAGAACUUCCAGAAGCAAUUUCCUAAUCAGCAACAACAAGGGUUUUAUCCUCAGCAAAGCCAACAUCAACAACAACAGGACUCUAGUGUAGGGUCUAAUCCUCAAUUAGACAUGUUGAUACAAUUCAUGACAGAGAUUAAGUCAUCCAUUAAGGUCUUGGAAAACAAAGUGGAGCAGUUGGCUUCUCAAAACACUAACAGGACUCAAGGUAACUUGCCUAGCACUACUGAAGUCAAUCCAAAGGAGAAUUGUAAUGCAAUUACCUUGAGAAGUGGUAAGACCUAUGAUGGGCCAAACAAAGACAAGUCAAAGGAGGAAGAUGAAGUAGAGAUAGCACCAACACAAAAGAAGAAGAAGACUACUGAUGGUCUGUUGGGUUUUAUGCCCUAA